GAUAAUCCGAGUUCUUCAAAGCAAACUUGCAAAGUAAAACCCCACCACAAUACCCUCCAAAAUUUCAAGCAAAAUGUCCGACCUCAAUGGAAUGGUAGACCCAAAGAUCUUUGAAGAUCUACAAACCAAGAUUGAUGAAGAUGCCGAAGUAAGAGAUCAAAUCAGAGCUAUUUUGCAAACAUUGGAGAGGCAAUGUAGGAAUGCCCAAUCAGUUUUAUCUCGAGCGCAUUCAACACCAGCUUCUCACUGUGAGUCUCCAGGCCUGCUUUCUAGUUUCCGCCGUCUAAUAUUUCAUAGUGCAGCCAGUUCUCGAGUCUGCAGAGAAAGCUAUAAAAGAGGAAGCUGAGAGUAUCCAAAAGCUUGCAAGCGUUGCUUCGAAUUAUCCAUAUUACAAGUAUGCGCUGUGGGUUCUAUGAUGAUAAACCUGGCUAACUGGUAAAUAGAUAUAAUGGAAUCUGGACAAGAGAUGUGCAGAAUGUGAUCUUUGCCAUUCUUCUCUGCGGAUGGCUUGGUGGAUUGACCAAGGACGGAAAGCCUGUUGAGUCAGGAAGACUUCUCACAAUUGAGGAAGUAGGAGAGAUUCUUCAAGGUAAUUAUUUUGCACACAUUUUUCAUGCGAAUGGCACAGCUAACAAUACAACAGUUCCAGUCAAUCUCAAAGAUCGAGACGCUUUCCACAUCAGCAUCGAAGAAUACCUCCUCUCCCUCAUCUCCUUGAUCGAAGAGCUUUCACGACUAGCUAUCAAUUCCGUUACUCUUGGAGAUUAUCAGAGACCUCUACAAAUCAGUCAAUUCGUUAAGGAUUUACAUGCGGGAUUCCAGAUCUUGAAUUUGAAGAAUGAUGUUUUGAGGAGAAGAAGUGAUGGUAUCAAAUAUAAUGUGAAAAAGAUUGAAGACAUUGUGUAUGAUCUUUCAUUGAGAAACUUGGUGGCUAGACCCGAAUCUACAUCUUGAGGGCUGGAUGAUAGGUUGAAAUAUUGCAGGAAGAUAUUUCGAUAUCAUGAUUGAAAGCUGUUAUAAAGCUAAAACUGGUCUAGAUAACGUUUCAAGGGCAGAAAGAAGUGCUGAAGGAUUACUCGAGAUUGUGUGAUGUCAUGAAGGGGUUUGGACGCUCUUACAGAUAUUA